CAAAAGACUCCCUUCCCUUUAAACAUUUAGUCUACAAAAAAGAAAGAUAUCAAAAGACCCACAAAAAGAUUAAAUUAAAGACUCCCCAUUGAUCACCACAAGUAGCUAGGCUCUCUCAUAAAGAAAAAGAAAGAAAGCCAUUAGAGAAACAACCUACUACUUUCAUACUAUCAUGGAAGGAGGAGGAAGUGAUCAUCAUCAACUCCACCACCUUGACCACCAUCAUCACCAUCAACAACACCACCGCCCUAAUUUCCCAUUCCAAUUACUUGAGAAGAAAGAAGAAGAGAACCAGCUUUGUUCCUCCUCUUCCUCCCCUCCUUUCCUUCCCCUCCCAGCCUCUUCCGCUGCCGAUCAACCCAACACAGCUUGUUCCAUUUCAAGCCUCCAAAUCUCACCGGAACCUUCCAAGAAACCACCCCUUAAACGAACUUCAACCAAAGAUCGACACACCAAGGUCGAUGGACGGGGUCGUAGAAUCCGCAUGCCAGCUCUUUGUGCAGCUAGGGUUUUUCAACUCACUCGUGAACUAGGUCACAAAUCCGAUGGUGAAACAAUCGAGUGGCUACUCCAACAAGCUGAACCUGCAGUGAUCGCCUCCACGGGCACUGGCACUAUCCCAGCAAACUUCACUUCCCUCAACAUCUCCCUCCGUAGCUCAGGCUCAAGCAUCUCAGUUCCUUCUCAGUUACGAUCCUCAGGUUUCAACUCCAACUUAUCUAUGCAACAACGUAGAAGUUUGUUCCCUGGGAUUGGCCUAGAAACAACUCCAACAUUCCUUAACUACCAAUCUAGUAGUAACUUGAAUUCCAUGUUCCAAGCGAAGCAAGAGUUGGGUGACAAUAGUACUUCGUUGGAAUUAUCAGAAACUGAAGAAGGUACUGUAGGAAGAAAAAGAAGACUUGAACAAGAUUUAUCUUCACAACAUCAAAUGGGAGCUUACUUGUUGCAGUCAAGCACAGGGGCAAUUCCAGCAAGUCACGGUCAGAUUCCAGCUAAUUUUUGGAUGGUAACUAAUUCUAAUAAUCAAGUUAUGAGUGGUGACCCUAUAUGGACAUUUCCUUCAGUUAAUAACAGUGCCUUGUAUAGGAGUACUAUGUCUAGUGGGUUGCAUUUCAUGAAUUUCCCUGCUCCAAUGGCCUUAUUGCCAGGCCAACAAUUGGGUUCAAGCAGUGUAACUAGUGGGGGUGGUGGUGGUGGUGGUGGUGGUAGUGGUGGAAGUAGUGGCAUAAGUGAAGGGCAUUUAAAUAUGUUAACCGGAAUGAAUCAUUAUCGGCAAGUCUCCGGCUCAAGCGAAUCGGAAUCACAAGCGAGCGGGUCACAUUCACACCACGGUGGAGGUGGUGGUGGUGGUGGCGAUGAUCGACAUGAUGGAACUAGUCAUCACUCAUAGAGAUGAUCAUCACCAUGGAUCAUCCUUGCUUCUUUUGACCUGUUGUGUAGUUUGAUGUGUAACACACGUGAGGUUUGAUUGCUAUUUUGAAAAAAAAAAAAAAAGAAUUGAGUUUUUAUUAUUCCCCAAAAAAAGGAAGAAAUUAAUUUUUUGGUGUGAAUAAUAUCAUGGGGUUUGAGAGAUAAGACACCAUUUUUAACAUUGGUAUUGGCUGCUUUGGUUGAAAACGUCAAUUUUUUUGGGGUUUUUUAUAUUUAUUUUAUUACACAAUAUUAAUUUCAUUUCAUCAUUUGUUUGUGUAAUUUUGUUUUGGAAGAGGUGCUUAUAUUAUUUUUAUGCAAUUGUCUUGGAGAUGAAAAAGAAAAUUAACUUAUACACAUGCCUUAGGGCAAGUCUCCUACCUAACCAGCAAUUGAAUUUUCUUCCUUCCCUUACUUUUUUUCCCUUUUUUCCACUCCCUUUCUUUUCUCUGUAGUACACUAGUGU